UUCUCUCUUCUCUCUUCUCUCUUCUCUCUUCUCUCACCAUGCGCUACUCCCUCGUCGCCGUCGCCGCCAUCGCCGCCCUCGUCUCCGCCCAGGACCUCUCCGGUCUCCCCGCUUGCGCUCAGUCCUGCGCUACCACCGCAAUCACCGACACUGGCUGCGGCCUCGACGCUGCCUGCAUCUGCUCUGACGAGUCCUUCAUCAACUCGAUCGCCUCCUGCGUGGUCGAGGCCUGCGACUCCGACGGCCAGCAGGCCACCGUCGAGUUCGCCGAAAACCUCUGCCUCGCCAGCUCCGUCACCCUCACCGGCGUCGAGUCCCUGCUCGAGUCUGCUGCGGCUGCCUUCUCUGCCUCUGACUCCGGCUCCUCCUCCGCCUCUGCCGUUUCCUCGGCCGUUUCCUCUGCUGCUUCCUCCGCCGUCUCCUCCGCCGUCUCCUCCUCCACUCACUCGGCGCACUCCUCCACCCUCUCCUCCUCCGUCCUGAGCUCCAACUCCUCGCACUCCACGGCCUCCUCCUCCGCCGUCCCUAGCUCCUCGGCCGCCGCCAGCUCCUCCUCCGCCGGUGCCUCCACCGUCGCUGCCUUCGGCGCCACCUCGCUCCUUGGCUUCCUCGUCUCGAUGUUUUUGUAAUCUCGACCCGGCGAUGAGCUCCAAGUAAUAUAGAAUGAAUUCAGAUAUAAAGUUGUUCUCCUAUUUAUA